AUGGGGAGAGGGAGUGAGGGAAGUACCCGCUCUCACCCUCUGUCUCUCCCCCUCGACCCUUCCCCCUCUGUCUCUCCCCAUUUGUCCUUCCCCCUCUCUCUCUCCCCAUUUGUCCUUCCCCCUCUGUCCCUCCCCAUUUGUCCUUCCCCCUCUGUCUCUCCCCCUCUGUCCCCCCCCCUAUUCCUCGCCGCCUGUUCUGUCUCCCCCCCUCUGUCCUUCCCCCUCUCCCCCUUCUCCUUCCCCUUCUGUCCUUCUCAUCUCCCCCGCCCAUUCCCUUCCUGUUCCCCGCCCAUCAAUCAUUCGUUCACUGUGACACCAUCCCCCCCUCAGCUGUCCUUCCCCCUCUGUCUCUCCCGCUCUGCCCCUCACAUCAGUAUGGAAGGAGUUGCUGUGGCUGGAAGGAGCGAGGGCGGCGGAGGGAGGGGGGAAGCAGGGGGGAUGGAGGGGGGAAGCAGGGUGGAGGGAGGGGGAAGCAGGGCGGAGGGAGGGGGGAAGCAGGGCGCAAGGGGGGGGGGAAGCAGGGCGGAGGGAGGGGGGAAGCAGGGCAUAGGGAGGGGGGAAGCAGGGUAUAGGGAGGGGGAAGCAGGGCGGAGGGAGGGGGGAAGCAGGGUGGAGGGAGGGGGGAAGCAGGGCGGAGGGAGGGGGGAAGCAGGGCGGAGGGAUGAGGGGAGCAUGACAGAAGGAGGGGGGAAGGAGGGCGGAGGGAGGGGCGAAGCAGGGGGGAUGGAGGGGGGAAGCAGGGCCCAGGGAGGGGGGAAGCAGGGAGGAGGGGGGAAGCAGGGAGGAGGGAGGAGGGAGGGGGGAAGCAGGCACUCCCAGCCUUCCCACCCCCACCCUCACGAGCUCAGAUGUGCCAUGCGGCAGGAGAGACAUCCAGUGUGUUGCUCGCUCAGUCGCUCUAAUCUUUCCACCUGUGCUCUUGCCACCUGUGCUCUUACCAGGAGUGCUCUUGCAACCUGUGCUCUUACCAUAUGUGCUCUUACCACCUGUGCUCUUACCACCUGUGCUCUUACCACCUGUGCUCUUACCACCUGUGCUCUUACCACCUGUGCUCUUACCACUUGUGCUCUUACCACCAGUGCUCUUGCCACCUGUGCUCUUGCCACCUGUGCUCUUGCCACCUCUCUUACCACUUGUGCUCUUGCCACCUGUGCUCUUACCACCUGUGCUCUUACCACCUGUGCUCUUGCCACCUGUGCUCUUACCACCUGUGCUCUUACCACCUGUGCUCUUGCUACCUGUGCUCUUACCACCUGUGCUCUUACCACCUGUGCUCUUGCCACCUGUGCUCUUACCACCUGUGCUCUUACCACCUGUGCUCUUGCCACCUGUGCUCUUACCACCUGUGCUCUUACCACCUGUGCUCUUACCACUUGUGCUCUUACCACCAGUGCUCUUGCCACCUGUGCUCUUGCCACCUGUGCUCUUGCCACCUCUCUUACCACCUGUGCUCUUGCCACCUGUGCUCUUACCACCUGUGCUCUUACCACCUGUGCUCUUGCCACCUGUGCUCUUACCACCUGUGCUCUUACCACCUGUGCUCUUACCACCUGUGCUCUUACCACUUGUGCUCUUACCACCUGUGCUCUUACCACCUGUGCUCUUACCACCUGUGCCCUUACCACCUGUGCUCUAACCACCUGUGCUCUUACCACCUGUGCUCUUACCACCUGUGCUCUUACCACCUGUGCUCUUACCACCUGUGCUCUUACCACCUGUGCUCUUACCACCUGUGCUCUUACCACCUGUGCUCUUACCACCUGUGCUCUUACCACCUGUGCUCUUACCACUUGUGCUCUUACCACCUGUGCUCUAACCACCUGUGCUCUUACCACCUGUGCUCUUACCACGUGUGCUCUUACCACGUGUGCUCUUACCACCUGUGCUCUUACCACCUGUGCUCUUACCACCUGUGCUCUAACCACCUAUGCUCUUAGCACCUGUGCUCUUACCACUUGUGCUCUUACCACCUGUGCUCUUACCACCUGUGCUUUUGCCACCUGUGCUCUUACCACCUGUGCUCUUACCACUUGUGCUCUUACCACCUGUGCUCUUACCACCUGUGCUCUUACCACCUGUGCUCUUGCCACCUGUGCUCUUGCCACCUGUGCUCUUACCACCUGUGCUCUUACCACCUGUGCUCUUACCACCUGUGCUCUUACCACCUGUGCUCUUGCCACCUGUGCUCUUGCCACCUGUGCUCUUACCACCUGUGCUCUUACCACCUGUGCUCUUACCACCUGUGCUCUUACCACCUGUGCUCUUGCCACCUGUGCUCUUGCCACCUGUGCUCUUACCACCUGUGCUCUUACCACCUGUGCUCUUACCACCUGUGCUCUUACCACCUAUGCUCUUACCACCUGUGUUCUUACCACCUGUGCUCUUGCCACCUGUGUCCUCUAA